CAUGCGAGAUUGACUUGAGGUAGUAAUGCAGCUGUAAGAGUGAGACUCUAAGCACACUGAGAUUUGCCCAGCGUGCAAAGGCUAUCAAGAACAGGGCAGUCGUUAAUGAAGUAAUGCAGGAUGAUGUGAAUUUCUUGCGUGAAGUGAUAUGGCAAUUGAAGGAUGAACUACUUCGGAUGAAGGCACAUGGAAACCAAGCUGACCCUUAUGGAGGUUAUUCAACAGGGUGGAAUGCCCGUAGAAGCUUGAAUCUCCUGAAAUUUAGCCUCAAUCAUCCAAUGACUUUACCUCAUGUUGAUGAUGACAGUGACGAAGAAAUGGAAAUUGUUGAGGAGGCUGAUCAAGUUGGUGUUCAAUCAACAAAUGCCAUGCAUGUGGGCAAUCUGGGAACUUCUGGGGACCCUCAGCCAAACACAUCUGAGAGUGCAUGUGAUGAAAAUGAAGGCUGUAAGGAUACAGACGUCAUUAUGGAAGAAGAAGUAUCUGAACAAGUUGACAAGCAUGAAAUCAUCACUUUUUGGCUGAGUGUAGAAUCACAGAUAUAUUCACAAUGCAAUAUAUAUGAAGCAGGACAGAAGAAGGUGGCUUUCAAAUAUCUAACAGAGAAGGUAAUUUGUUUAUAUCUAAUGAAGCACCAUGCUGAGAUUGUAAACUCUGUCCGCUUCCUCUGCACAUAUGAAGCACAUCAUAAUAUGAUUUUCAAUAUCUUGUGGGAAAUGGUUGUGUGCUCCAAUAUAAAUAUGAAAAUCAGUGCCACCAAUCUGUUGAAAGUUAUUGUACCAUAUAUUGAUGCUAAAAUGGCUUCCACUCAUGUUGUGCCUGCUCUUGUCACUCUUGGCUCUGACCAAAACUUGAACGUAAAAUAAGCAAGCAUUGACGCAUUUGGAACUGUGGCACAGCAUUUUAAAAAUGACAUGAUCGUGGACAAAAUACGUGUUCAAAUGGAUGCUUUUCUUGAAGAUGGAUCACAUGAAGCUACAGUUGCUGUGGUCCGUGCAUUGGUGGUGGCUGUCCCACAUACAACAGAUAGACUUAGAGAUUAUAUCCUCAACCCUUUUUCCUUGGGGAAUUACUGUCAGUAUAUUAGAUGACCUUGAAAGAGCAGUUGAUGAUGGUGUGAAUACAUACAAGGUAAUUCUGUCCAACACAUCUACGAUACUUAUUUUAGGCAAUGUGCAGGGACAGUUGUAUAGUACCUAGAGCUGCAGCUACUGAAAUUGAGUUGGCUAGAAAACUGAAGGAGUUUUCUUUUAAGGAAACAGGAUGUUUACACCACAAAGAUGUUUCAGCUACUGCUAGCUGCUUAUUCAACAAUAAGCAUUCAAGAUGCUUCUCUCUUCUUGGGAAUGAAUGAGGAUGAUGCUACAAACUGCAUGUAGACCAGUGAAGACUACAACUUUAAUGCUAAGACAUGAUUUUUGUAUAUAUGUUAGUUUGUGGUUAAUGUUAAGACAUGAUUUUUGGAUAUAUGUUAGUUUGUGGUUAACGUUUUGGAUUUUGGAUAUGUUAAUUUUGUGGGUAAUGGUGAUUGGAUAUUAAUUGAAUGAG